AUGAAAAAUGUAAAGAAGCAAUCCGUACUUCAUGAUGGGCAACCCACCUACCAUUGUGACACUCUAGCUGCAGAUCACACUGAUUGUGUUAAGUUGGUCUUGUGGGAAGACAAAAUUGAUGGUGUACUCCAGAAAGUGAUACCAUUUUAGAAUUGUCACAUUGCGAAGGUUUGAUGAUGACAAAUAUGUUGGCACUGAUCACCAUCAUGAAGGAAAGAACAUCGCUGAUAUAAACUUAGAAAAUCUUCACAUAAAGAACCACAUCAUAAGUGGCCAAAUAAUAAGGGUGAGUGUCAAAGACGACACACUGUUUUUCAUGUAACAAAGCAUUUAUAACUGAAAGUGAAGAAGACAUGUACACCUGCAAGAAUUACAGUAUGACAACUCUAUUACCAUUGUGUAA